AUGCAUCGCACCACCGCACCCCAGGACGCCCAAUUUCUAUGCCUCGAUGGUGCAGUGGCGCUGGCAACCACCACGCGCUUGGCGGUGUAUCGCUUUCAACUGCACCUGCAGGAUACCUCGGAUGACAUCAAGCGCCUACAGAGGCGCCCCUGGGCCAUAGCCAGGUUGGGCUCCUACAAAUGCUGCGGACUCUUGGCCCUGCCCAAAGAACCCACGGGCGACACCGCGAUGGGAUGGGGACUGCAGGCCCACGGGAUGGAUUUGCAUGGCAUUUGCGAGUACUGUGGGGAGCUCAAACCCUUGGAAGAGGUGGGACGCUGCGAGACCCCGGAAGUGGAGGAACCCACCCACUGCUAUUCCUGUGGCGGUGGGCCGCUGGAGUUCAGCACCAGCCAAGCAAGGAAGGGAAGCCAUGCGCGCUGCCCGGAGUGCGUGGCGGCCAAUCGAAAGCAGCGAUUUGCGCCUUUUCAGCAGCGCGCCAGCCAUGGCGAUCAGGACCUGGACGCCGAGCUGCUGCAGAGCGUUGAGGCGCUGGACGAGGCGCGGGUGCUGGAAGCGCUGGAGGCGGGUGCUGAUGCGGACUGCUCCCGGCCGCUGCUCCUGCGCGACGCCAAUGCCGGCCCCUGUCUUUUCCGCGCCGCCUACCGCGGCGACGGCCGCGCGGUGCCGGAGGAGGCACCGAACCAGCCGACGAGUCCGUUGAAGAUGGCGGUCUUCCGUCUAUCAGAUUGUAUGCUGGAUGAGACGACACGAAUGAGGCUGGUUUCCAUCGCCCAAGCGUUGAUCGAACAUGGCGCACCUGUGGCGCCCGCACGGCAUCUCUUUGAAUUGCGCUAUGGGCCCUGUGAGCGUGAAGGCGAUGACGCUGACGCUGAUGAAGCUCCCAAUGCCUUCCAUCAUUUGUACAACCUCCUGCGCGAGUAG